AUGACGUCUUUCAUUCUUAAGGAGAGUAUCUGUUUCGCACAAGAGCACGGUUCGAAAGUGUACGUGGCAUUUCAGGACUGUCGGAAAGCUUUCGACAAGGUUAUCAACAUGCUGGAGACGUCUGGUUACGGCAUCUGUGUCUUCAACAUCACGGUCAGCUCCCCUACAGUGGCCGACGACAUGCUUCUCAUAUCGCACUCCGCAAAUGGCCUUCAGGCAAUGUUGGACAUUUCUCCUGGUGCAGACAGUUUGUAUUGUCUGAACUGUCACGAUGUUUCAAGAGCGAGGAAUUGUGAACACAUUAAAGAAUGUGGCCCGCAUGAAGUAUGUGUAUCAACUCUGUAUCGAACAUCUAAUGGUAACCUAAGACGAACAGUAGGAUGUAGAGGCUCAGAUAAAUGCGGAAGCAACAAUGUCAUUGGUAAACGGGCGGAUGGUGCGGGGAUUCUUUGUGACGAAUGCUGCAAUACACCUUUUUGUCAGGCUGGCCUGUGUGGCGACGAAAAUUACAAUCAAGUCAGGGGUCCUAUUUGUUACAAUUGUGCUCACCAGCUGGACAGUAAUGAUUGCAGUAGGGUUGUUGAAUGCAGUCGCGAUGAAGUUUGCACCCAACACGCUGGGUCGAUUGGCGCGGGAUCUACCUCCGAAUGUAUGGAAAGAACUCAUUGUGAAAAGCUUCGCCAAUCGCUCCCUGCAUCAGGCUUGGAUAUAACAGGAACGAAUGGGACAUGCUUCAAUUGCUGUGAGGAUGAUAUAUGCAACAACAGCUGCACUCUGCCUACUCAAUCACCGAAUACAGCCUGUGUGGAUAGAACGCAGCUAGCCACUUGUAAGCUGGCAGCCGGUUUCGUAUGCGGGGACAAAGACAAGGCGAGGAACGCAGGCUGUCUUCAUCAUUGUGGAUACUGUUAA